AUGAUCGGCGAAUCCGACCUUGGCCAAGACGGUUACGAAAUGACUCACGCACCCCCCGCACCCUUCCUCGCACGGAUGUGGGCCGGUGGUGGGGUUAAACAGAACCCUGCCAAUCUGUUGAGGGUCGGGCAGGAGAUGGUGAUGAAGACGAGGUGUACGGGUGUCGAUAUCAAAGAAGGACGGGAGGGGAAGGUGAUGGUGUUUGUGAGUUUAGAGAAAGUGGUCGAGAAUCAGUUUGGGGUUGCGUUGACGGAUACGCGGACGUUGGUUUAUAUGGAGAAGGAUAAGGAGGCGGGGUCUGUUAAGCCGAAGCUUGUCAAACCGAGGAGACAGGCGGACGUGUCGAUGGAAGUACACCCGACGGCGAUCCAGCUCUUCCGAUACUCGGCCUUGACUUUCAACAGCCACCGCAUCCACUAUGACCACGAGUACGCCAACAACGUCGAGGACCAUCCUGCCUGUCUGGUACACGGCCCCCUCUCAGCAACACUCCUCCUCGAACCCCUCCGCCAAUCCCUCCUCCAACCAAACCAAGUCAUCAAGAACUUCCGUUACCGUGCCCUUUCCCCCCUCUACGUCGAUCAGCCCAUCAAGAUCUGUGCAAAGAAAAUGACGCUCAUCCCUAACAUGGACGCAGAUGUCGAGGGGAGUUAUGAGGUCUGGGUCGAGAACCCUCAAGGCGGACUUGCCAUGUCUGGCACUGUUGAGGUUGUUCAAGAGCAAUAG